AUGAGCGCCGAUCCGGAGAGAGACAAUGCGCUGGAUCAGUACAAGUCGAAGCUGCUCGAAUCACGAGAAUGGGAGGCAAAGCUGAAGGCACUACGGUUAGAGAUCAAGGGACUGCAGCGGGACUUCGACGUGUCAGAGGAGAACAUCAAGGCGCUGCAGAGUGUCGGGCAGAUCAUCGGAGAAGUGCUGAAGCAGCUCGACGAGGAGAGAUGUGAGUUGAGGCAAGAGUGGAGAUGAAAGAGCAAUACGCUAAUAUCUUGUGUGAUGGACAGUCAUUGUCAAGGCAUCGUCAGGUCCCCGAUAUGUCGUCGGCUGCCGCUCCAAAGUCGACAAGGCGAAGCUGAAGCAGGGCACGCGUGUUGCUCUCGACAUGACCACGCUCACCAUCAUGCGCAUGCUUCCUCGCGAAGUCGAUCCGCUCGUCUACAACAUGUCGCUGGAGGACCCUGGUCAGGUGUCAUUUGCGGGUAUUGGUGGACUGAAUGAUCAGAUCCGAGAGCUACGAGAGGUCAUCGAGCUGCCACUGAAGAACCCCGAGCUGUUUCUACGAGUGGGCAUCAAGCCGCCGAAGGGUGUUCUACUAUAUGGGCCUCCCGGUACAGGGAAGACGCUUCUAGCAAGAGCUGUUGCCAGCUCGCUGGAGACCAACUUCCUGAAGGGUAUGUCGCGUGCCACACUCUAGUAGACUUCGCUGACUCAAUAUGCACAGUCGUCUCAUCCGCCAUCGUCGACAAGUACAUCGGAGAGUCUGCACGUCUGAUUCGUGAAAUGUUCGGCUAUGCGAAAGAACACGAGCCCUGCAUCAUCUUCAUGGACGAAAUCGACGCCAUCGGCGGACGACGCUUCUCCGAGGGUACAAGUGCCGAUCGUGAGAUCCAGCGUACGCUCAUGGAGCUGUUGAAUCAACUCGAUGGUUUCGACUACCUCGGCAAGACCAAGAUUAUCAUGGCCACCAACCGACCCGAUACCCUCGACCCUGCGCUACUCCGUGCUGGACGAUUGGACAGGAAGAUCGAGAUUCCCCUACCGAACGAGGCGGGACGAUUGGAGGUGCUCAAGAUUCAUGCACAGAGCGUACAAAAGGAGGGCGAGAUUGACUUUGAGAGCGUUGUGAAGAUGAGCGAUGGUCUGAACGGUGCAGACUUGAGAAACGUCGUGACGGAGGCUGGGCUAUUCGCGAUCAAAGACUACAGGGACGCCGUGAGCCAGGACGACUUCAACAAAGCGGUGCGUAAGGUGGCAGAGAGCAAGAAGCUGGAGGGCAAGCUUGAGUACGAGCGUCUGUAG